GGUCAGACAGACAGAGACCAACUUCGGUCAGGAACCCUUGAACCCAUGUAAACAUGCCACAGAGCCCGAGGUGAUAUACUUUACCCCUUUCAAGACUUUUACUUCAGGUCCAGCAGCACUCCAGCAUUGCUGUGCAGCUUCUGAACGGGAACCACUUUCCAUCUGUCAGGCCCCAAGCGGGUGCAGGAACAGAUGCAUGGCUCCCUGGCUGCCACAGGAAAUACGCCGUUGGUCUUGCCUGGAGCUGCGUAGUAAAGGCAGGAUCAUCAGGUCAUGGCAUACCUUUAGUAAGUCCUGCUGCUUCCGACAACUGGUGCUGGGAUGGCUGGAGAAGGUCACGGAUUACAGUUGAGCUGAGGGAGGCGUGAAGCAUCAUCCAUCCCCUGCUGACAUUUGAGAAUUAGAAGUAUGGAUCUUUGGCAUUUGCUGUUUACUUUGGCACUGAUCUGUGCAAAUGACUCACUUUCUACAAGUGAUGACCUUUUGCAGUGGCCACAAAUCAGCAUUUGCAGAUCACCUGAAAUGGAGACAUUUUCAUGUUACUGGACUGAUGGAAACUUUUAUAACCUCACUGCUCCAAGAACAAUACAACUAUUGUACAUGAAAAGUAUUGAUGAGGACUGGAAAGAAUGCCCUGAUUAUAUCACAUCAGGGGAAAACAGCUGUUAUUUCAACGUGUCCUACACCUCUAUUUGGGUACCAUAUUGUGUUCGGCUUGCCAGUAAAAAUCAAGUAUUUGAUCAAAAAUGUUUCAGUGUUGAUGAAAUAGUACUACCUGAUCCCCCUGUCCACAUUAACUGGACUCUGCUAAAUACUAGUCAGACUGGGAUCCAUGCGGAUAUCCAGGUAAGAUGGGAUCCACCACCAACAGCAGAUGUUCAGAAGGGAUGGAUUACUCUGGAGUAUGAAUUGCAGUACAAAGAAGUUAAUGAGACAAAAUGGAAGGAGUUAACACCCAGGGUCUCAACAAUGGUUCCACUGUACUCUCUGAAGAUGGGAAGAGAUUAUGAGAUACGACUCAGAUCAAGACAACAAACCUCUGAAAAAUUUGGGGAGUUCAGUGAAAUCGUUUAUGUAUCUUUUUCUCAACUGGGCAGCGAAUGUGUUCGUUCUGAAGAAAUUGGGUUUCCAUGGUUCUUAAUUGUUACCUUCGGAGCAUGUGGGCUGGCUGUAACAGUGAUCUUAAUCGUGCUGUCUAAACAACCAAGGUUAAAAAUGCUUAUUUUUCCUCCUGUGCCAGUUCCAAAGAUUAAAGGGAUUGACCCAGAUCUGUUGAAGAAGGGAAAGCUAGAUGAAGUGAACUCCAUCUUAGCCAGCCAUGGUGACUACAAGACAAAGCUAUACAAUGAUGACUUGUGGGUUGAGUUUAUUGAGUUGGACAUAGAAGACCCUGAUGAAAAGAACAGAGUCUCAGAUACUGACAGGCUCCUGAGUGAAGAUCACCUGAAAUCUCACAGUUGCUUGGGAGCAAAGGAUGAUGAUUCUGGACGGGCCAGUUGUUGUGAACCAGAUAUUCCAGAGACAGACUUCAGUGCAAGCGACACAUGUGAUGCCAUCUCUGAUAGUGAUCAGUUCAAAAAGGUUACUGAUAAAGAAGAGGAUCUCCUGUGCCUUGAUAGAAAAGAUGAGGAGGAGUCACUUGCAAGCCUUGCCAACACAGACACCCAACACCGGCAUAUGAAUGCUCAGUCUGAAAACAUCCAGCUGUGGCCACCCUUUGCAGACAGCACUGACUCACUUCGUCCAUCGGUCCAUCCCCAGAUAAGUAACCAUAAUUCACUGACAAACACUGACUUUUAUGCGCAAGUGAGUGAUAUUACUCCAGCAGGCAGGGUUGUACUUUCACCAGGACAGAAAUCCAAGGUGGGGAGAGCACAGCGUGAAGGUUGCACAGAACAAAACUUCACCAUCGACAACACCUAUUUCUGUGAAGCAGAUGUGAAAAAAUGUAUUGCUGUGACUUCCCACGAAGAGGAUGAGCCACACGUUCAGGAACAAAGCUGUAACGAAGAUGCCUACUUCACCACAGAGAGCCUUACCACUACUGGUGUCAAUCUUGGAGCUUCAACAGCAGAAACCCCAAUUUCAGAGAUGCCAGUCCCAGACUACACGUCUAUUCAUAUCGUUCACUCUCCACAAGGCCUUGUGCUCAAUGCAACUGCGUUGCCAGUGCCAGACAAGGAAUUCAACAUGUCCUCUGGUUACGUGAGCACAGACCAGCUGAACAAAAUCAUGCCGUAGCUCUUAUUUUGACUGUGUGCAGUAUUUCACAGCAGAGAGUCAGUUUGGGCUUGUAUGCUGAAACCAAAAUGAAGUCUAAAAGUUUCUUGUGGUUCCUAUAAUUGUAUCUGAAAUGUUGCAACAUGAAAUAUACAUCAAAAUAUUCCUAUCGUGUUUUGUAAAUAUUAUCUAUGAAUUUGUCUUAAGGCUGUUUUGUCUUGUUCUUGUGGUUGUUGAUUUUUGUGAUACUAAACAUUGAAAUUACUAUGUUUAAUAUACAGUGCAUUUUGAUAAAGCUAAAAAUCAGGUGAUUUAAAGUCUAAGAAUUUAGAAAAAAAGUGCUGUUGGCAGAGAUCUUUAUAUCAAUAAUUGGGAAUUGAUCAUAUAUAGGUGAAAACCAGAAGUAGCUCGACUAAAUAACACAUCUAUUUUGAUUUAUAUAAAUUAAUAAAAUAUAUUUUAAUAUCUUAGUCAUAAACCCAUAAAUAUUUUCUACUACCCUGCACACUGUAGUUCAAUUAUGAUGGCCCACUUAAGGAAUGUAAUUGUUGCAGUCUUAAAAAGGAGUUUUCUGUUUUAUAAAAGUUUUGUUCGCAACUAAAAGAAAAAAAAUUUUUUACAGAGCCAUUUUAUACCUCCAAAGAAACCUGUAGAGAAAUUUUGAAAUAUUGUAGAAACUUAAAGGAACAGAUUCUAUCACUUUCUAAUGGUAGCUACUAUAGAAAUAUACAUGCAAUUUAAAGUUCUGUAUAAAACUUUAAAAUAUACAAAAUAUUUGGACAAAUUAUUCUGUUCUUCAUCAGAUUCUAGCUAAUGCUAAUAAAAAUAUACUUUUUAUAAACAAAAUUUUGUUGACCACAGUAUUAAACACUGUGCAACUAUACUUUCACUGAACAUUUUUGAGAAUACGUGAAUAAGCUCUGGUGACUUAGCAGCAUAGUUUCUGCAUGUUUAACCAACUUCUGAAGCCUUUCUACAGCCAAAGGUAUCACUACAUUUAUUAAUUUGUACCACAUAAAGUCUUGAUUAAAAAAAAAAUAAAUUAAGGGCUUCAGCAGUUAGCCAGCAGUUCAUUUUUAAAGCUAAAACAGGAUUAAAAUACUUUAGUGGAACAAGGGGAUUAAGUGCAGUAUUGCUCAAACAAGAUUUUCAUUUCUGCAGCCUAACAGCAUCUCCUCUGACUGCAUUAGGCAGACUUUCAGAAGGAAGGGAGAGGAAGCUGAAACUUGUCAGGAAAGCUUCUCUCUUUGUUAAGAACCUGAUGGAGCUUUUUGUUGUUUCAGGAGUUACCCUCCUAGGCCAUGGUUUCAUCACAGCAGGGUUCUUCUUAGAAAGCAGAUAGGGACAUUCAUUUCAGAAGUGUUUGAUGUGCAGCAAAUGCAGGUCUUGCUUAUGAUGUCUCCAGCUGAACUCACUGAUGCUCUUUCUGUGACCAAGUGCUACAGGACUGGGCCCAACUACUGGGUGAGUUUUUUAAGUUUAGCACGUACUUUAUGGUAAAUGUGCAUUAGAUAUUCUGCUAAUUUGCUGCUAUAUUUUUCUAACAGCUACAUUAUUUAGUUUCAUAUAAAAUUUCAUAGAUGGUAGACACUAAUGCAAGUAAUGCCUCUGUGUUUGUUUGAAAGAAGUUUCUUACUCUGUUUCUAUUGCCAAAAAUAGUUAAAUACCUCAGUCAAACUCAGAAUGUCAUUUUGGUACUUUACUGGUCACACAAGCCAUGAUAUGCAGGUCAGAAGAUGUGUCUUUCAAUUUCUAUUUAACUUUCCUUAUGUUAGUGUUUUGUUGUUUUCUCGAAGUUUAAUAAAUGUAUUGUCUUUGAUCUAUCUGGA